AUUUUUUCUCACACUCUUUAUAGCGUCGAUUUGUUUCCGUAACUCCGAAUCUGGAAAAGUCUUCAUUUGUCUCGAAACAUUUCCACCAUAGAUCAAAGACCUCCUUGGCCCCCAAUCUCAAGGUCUAGCUAGAAUGGGUCUCGUUCAUUUCGAGGAUGGAAAAGUCCUCUUCUACCCGUACACGCCUUCAAAAGCCGCAGGUGUCAUUUUCUUGUUUCUUUUUGCAGGUAUCUCAGUCUAUCAUGUUUGGUUGGUCCGUAAAUAUAAGACGAAAUACUUCAUGCCGAUGGUACUCGGGGGAAUCUGUGACACAUUUGGCCACUUGGGGCGCGCCUGGGCAGGCUCAGCGCCUUUAUCUCCCAAGCCAUUCAUGUUGCAGCUCAUGCUCAUUCUAGUUGCGCCUGUCUUCAUCUCCGCAACCGUAUACGUCAAUCUCGGAAGACUCAAAGAGACCUUGCUAGGCCAUCAAAGGCGGAAGUGCAGCCCUACCAGUAUCUUUAUUCUCACGGAUAUCAUCGCCUUCUGCACACAAAUCGGCGGUUCACUUGUACAAGUAAUUGCGAACCCAAAGAUCAUGGAAAUUGGAGGCCAUGUUGUCUUGGGUGGUUUACUUUUCCAGCUCUGCGUUUUGGUCAUCUAUUUUGCUCUCGUCAUGCGCUUUCAGCGGGCUACGCAGAGGGAAACGAUUUACUCACAACAUUGGAGACGUUAUGUUUGGACCCUGAUCAUCUCGGUGGUGGCUAUCUGGGUGCGAAACCUUGUGAGGGCAGUGGAAUUCGCGGAGGGCUGGUACGGGUUCGUCAAUCAGCAUGAAGCCAUGAUGUACAUUUUUGACUCUUUUUUGAUGUUCUCUGUCAUGGUAACAUUCGCUGUCUUUCAUCCUGGCCAGUCCAUUUGGAGACAUAGCUUAACGGGUGCUGAGUUGGAUGAGGCAACCGAAAUGCACCUAAUAUUCAGUUCGCCCUCCGGCUACUCAUGUUAA